AUGGACCCGGCCCGGCGCGGCAGCGCCGACCGGGGCUCAACCGCCGGCGCGGAGCCCCGGCCCGGCCUCCCGCGCGGCCCCGGGGGCGCAGCCCGGCCCUUGCCCGAGGCAGGGGCUUCGGCGGCACCAUUCCUCAGCGGCGGCGUCCCGGUCGGCCGUAGGAGCUCCCGGCCGGACGCCGCCUGCGACCCCUUCGGGCACGGCUGCCCACGGCGCGCCGGGCCCGAGGAGCGGCCCCCGGGCCGGACCCCGCCCGAGGGGCUCCCGCUGCCGGCCCUGCUGCCCCCCGGGCCGGGUGGCCCUCUGUCUCCAACAGCGCUCGGCCGGGCCGCCUUUCCCGCGCCGGAGCGGCGGGAGAUGCUGCCUAAGGCGGAGUCCAGCGACCACAUCGCGGCCUGGGCGGGCCCCGCCGUGCCCCGCGCCCCCGCGCUGCCCAAGGCCGUGUCCAGCGAGUUCCUCGCCGGCGGGUGGGCAGGCUUGGCCCCCCGAGCGGAGCCGGGCGAGCUGCCCCUCCUCGGCCGGCCCCUCGGCCGCCCCGGCUCUGGCGACGCCUGCGAUCCGCUGCCGGACUGCCCGGGACGGGCCUCGGAGGACGGCGCGUUCCGCAUCACAGUGGUCACCUGGAACGUAGGCACAGCCAUGCCCCCGAAUGAUGUGACAUCCCUGCUGCACCUCAACACGGGCGAGACAAACGAUGUGGACAUGAUCGCCAUUGGGCUGCAGGAGGUGAACUCCAAGAUAAACAAGCGCCUGAAGGAUGCCCUCUUCACAGAUCAGUGGAGCGAGCUCUUCAUGGAUGUGCUGAGUCCCUUCCAUUUCAUCCUGGUCAGCACGGUGCGGAUGCAAGGUGUGAUCCUGCUGGUGUUUGCCAAGUACUACCACCUGCCCUUUCUGCAGGACAUCCAGACAGAUUGUACCAGGACGGGGCUAGGAGGCUACUGGGGCAACAAGGGUGGGGUGAGUGUUCGUCUCUCCAUCUUCGGCCACAUGGUCUGCUUCCUGAACUGCCACCUGCCAGCGCACCUGGAGAAGGCGGAGCAGCGCAAGGAGGACUUUGCCACCAUACUGCACAUGCAGCAGUUUGAGGGCCGUGUGGCUAACGGCAUCCUGGACCACGACCUUGUGUUCUGGUUUGGGGACCUCAAUUUCCGCAUUGAGAGCCUGGACAUCUGCUUUGUGAAGUAUGCCAUCGACAGCAACGUCCUGAGCCAGCUCUGGGAGAAGGACCAGCUGAACAUUGCCAAAAGCACCUGGCCUGUUCUCAGAGGCUUUCAGGAGGGACCCCUGAACUUCCCACCCACCUUUAAAUUUGAUGUCGGCACCAACAAGUACGACAGCAGUGCCAAGAAGCGAAAACCUGCCUGGACUGACCGCAUCCUGUGGAAGAUCAAAUCCCCCAGCAAAGGGCUGGGGGCAGGCAGGCACCGGCCCAGCCGGGGUGUGCUGUCGGUGAGCCAGCUCUGCUACUGCAGCCACAUGGAAUACACCGUCAGCGACCACAAGCCAGUAGCUGCCAUCUUUGCUGUGCAGUUUGCUUCCAAGGUGGACAAGGCCCCGGUUGAGAUUUAUGUGGCUGACGAGUGGAGCAGGCCUGAGCAAGCAGUUGUCAGGUACAAGAUGGCUGUUGGCUUCCACCGGAGCUCCUGGGACUGGAUAGGACUCUACCGGGUAGGCUUUCGGCACCCUAAAGACUAUGUGUCCUAUGUCUGGGCCAGGAGUGAUGAUGGGGAGCGCUGCCUAGAGAAGCAGCUCUGUGCACAGGUGAUGUUCUCUGAGGAAGCGCUGCCCAAGGGGAACGGCGAGUACAUCCUUGGAUACUACAGCAACACCUCCAGCAGCAUCGCUGGUGUGACUGAGCCCUUCCAGAUCUCCCUGCCUAGGUCAGAGGAGGGCAGCAGCCCCACGGACAGCUCAGGCAGCAGCUCAGAAGAGGAUGACAGUACACUUGUCCUGUUGGCCCCCAAAUCCCGUAGCCCCAGCCCGGGCAAGAUGAAACGGCACCGGAGCCGAAGCCCAAGCCUGGCCAAGUUCCAGGGUCUCAUCCUGCGGCCAUCAAGCCGGGACAGGGGAACGAGCCGCAGCCCCUCGCCCCAGAGCCGCCGCGGCCUCCCCAGGGAUAUCCCCACCAUCCACGUGCCCCAGGAAGAGCUGGGGUGCUGUGGAGCCAAAGGCAAGGAGCUGAGGCAGGCAGCUGACAGCCUGGAGGGCAGCUCUCUCUACCAGACUGUACAGGAGCAGGGUAGCCCCCAGCGUGUCUCCACUGACAGCCCGCUGGCCAGGGCUGACCCCCGGAACCUGGGCCUGCUGCCUGCACUCCGCCUGGAGAUGAUUGACAAGGCUCUGGGCCGGCGGCAAGAGAAUGUGGAUCAGGGCUAUUAUCCCUGCCGGAGGAUGAGCCCCACCAGCCCCCCAGGCUGUGGCACAUCCCCAAAAGAGGGCUGCAGCCCCCAGGAACUGGACAGCCAUAGCUGUGCCAUGGGCCGCUGAUGCAGCGGCCCCCUUCCUCCUCCCCAUAGCGUGCUCGCUGUGUGCUUUCCUCUGCCACUUUCCUGCUAAGACACCCCCUCCCUUAUUUAUUGCAGUGACUCCUCACCCCUGUUGUGUGCCUGGCAGGUAGGGGUACUCCCCUCUGCUCCCCUCAGCCCAAGCUGCUCCCCAGGGCAGGGCUGGGAGGUGACCCAGGGGAGGGUGGGCAAAGCUGGUCUAGUGCAGUUUGGGGAGACCCUCAUGAACUUCCACAUGCAGGAUUCUUCAGUCCCAUGACAGGAGUGCUGGCCUUGCACCCAAGGUGGCAGGGGAGGCCAAGGCAGGGCUCUGGCAGGAAUGGUGAUGGGCACAGAGUGAGGACCAUCCCAGGGUACCCCAGAGAUCAAAGCUUGCUCCUUCCCUGCUCUACCACUGUGCCUCAGCCUGGACAUAGUGCAAGCAACAAAAUAAACGAUCCUGCCCACUCCA